GCGGGAUGGGCCCUCGGGACCGGCUCUUCAAGGUGCUCGUGGUCGGGGACGCGGCCGUGGGCAAGACCUCGCUCGUGCGGCGGCUCGCGAGCGACAGCUUCAGCCGGCACUACAAGAGCACGGUGGGAGUGGACUUCGCGCUGAAGGUGGUGCAGUGGUCGGAGUCCGAGACCGUGCGGCUGCAGCUCUGGGACAUCGCAGGGCAGGAACGCUUCACGUCCAUGACCCGGCUUUACUACAGGGAGGCCUCCGCCUGCGUGAUCAUGUUCGACGUCACCAACAUCAGCACGUUCAGCAGCAGCCAGAAGUGGAAGCAGGACUUGGACAGCAAGCUCCUGCUGCCCGAUGGGAGCCCCGUGCCCUGCCUGCUGCUGGCUAACAAAUGCGACCUCUCCCCAUGGGCAGUGACAAGAGAAGAAGUGGAUCGGUUCAGCAAGGAAAAUGGUUUUUCUGGCUGGGUGGAGACGUCUGUGAAGGAGAACAAGAACAUCAAUGAGUCCAUGAGAGUCCUCAUUGAAAAGAUGAUGUCCUCAUCCGCUGGUGAUGGAAGCUCCUCCGCUGCUGGCAGCGGGGAUUAUAUUAACAUAAAAGAGCCAACCCCGCCAGGCUGGGCUUGCUGUUAGAGCACUGACGGGGCCAUCUGCUUGGUUCUAGCAGCAACCUCCUCCUCUUGUUGUCACCAUCGUAUUUUCCUAACCUGGAUGUCAGUGGUUUUGGGGGUAUUUCUGUUCCAUGCUCACGAGCUGCCUUGUGUUCAGUGCAAACUCCUCCUCAGCAGAGCAUCGCUGCAAUGACUUGGAGCAAGGGAAGAAGGGAGGAGGGAGACGAUUCCCCUUGCUCUUGUGUAGUAGCAGCUGGGAGCUCUGCUGCUCGUAAAGGAGCACGGUCCGUGUUCAAGCAUGUGCCUUGGAUUGAUUUUAACUGAUUUGGAGCACUUCUUCCCCUGCCACGUGCUGGCCUCGAGCAGGGCGAAGGAGGGCAAAGGUAUAUUUUUAAUGCCGUUGCACCUUUUAUUCCCCACUGCCUGCACCCACCAUACCCAAGGGCACCAGUCCCAAGUGUUGUGACCUUCAUUCCAUGCACACGCUCUAUGCCUCUGGAUUCCCAGUGUGGGAGUGCAGCAAACUCUUUACUUUGUGCUUUGGAAGUGCAGACCUCUGCUUACAUGUCCUGGAGGGACCAACACAGCUCUUCAUUGCCAGUAAGUGCCCUUAGGAUGGGAAGCCAGAUGUGGAUGAGCUGGUGUGCUGUGCAGCCAGACCCGUGGAAUCACUGGUGUGAUUUGAGAAACUGGGUAGUAC